CUCUGUCUUUCCUGGAUUUAAAACAGAAAGUUGUACUUUGAUGAAUUCUUUAGUUGAUUAUUCUUCAGAUGAAGAAUGUUACUCUCCAUCGCCAUUAAAUUCCAAGUCUGAUGUUAAUGAAACCCUGAAAUGUUUGAAAAAUAAUGACGAAUGGUUAUUUCUAUUUAUACUUUUUAGAACGGAAAACUGCUGAACUGUAGUGCUUUAAAUUUCAUUACAUAUUUUCCCUCUCAUUUUUCCUCUCUUCUUCCAGUGCCUGAUGAAAUUUCACAAAUGUAUGAAAAAUAUUACAGAGCCAGAUGCUAAAAAUGAUCCAAAUAAACAUGGUGGAAAAAUCAGAUCUUUUCCUCAUGAAAGAGGUGUAUGGGCUACAUAUGUUUACAUUCAAUAUAAGCCCCCUGAAGAAUUCUUAGAAAUGGUUGAAGAAUUGAAGAAAGUGUCAGAAUCUCAUGGAAUCAUUUUAAACACUGUAGAAGAUUUUCACAUUAGUUUAUCGAGAACGGUAAAGCUACGACAUCACUGGAUUCCACUAUUUGUUGACUCUCUUAAAGCUCAUUUAAGUUAUUUUUCAAGGUUCAAAGUAGCAUUACAGUCUCUAGAUGUGUAUGAAAAUGAGGAAAAAACUAGAACCUUUCUUGGUUUAAAAGCACAUACUGGCUUUGAAAAGUUGGAGAAAAUAGCUGACAAAGUUGAUUCAUGUCUACUAGAAUUUAAACUUCCAACAUUUUAUCAAAAUCCUUCAUUUCAUUUAAGUUGUGCUUCUUGCAUUGGUAGUAAGACAGAAGAAAUUGAGAAAAUUUUGGCUGACCUAAAUGUAGUUUUCCAGUUAUUUCUCAAUUCUCAUUCCAAAUGCAACCAGAUAUGGGUAACGAAAAUUUGCUGCAAAAGUGGAAAUAAAUUAUUCACAUUUUCCCUCAAGUAAUAAUGUAUGUAAUGCAAAGUGUACAUAAAUAUUUUUUAAUUUUUAUACAUAAAAUGAUUGUAUUGAAUUACACACUUCUUUUAAGACAACAGAUUUUCAACACAAUUUUGGUUUUCUGAAAGGUAACAACAAACUUAAAUAUGUUUUAUAAACAUAAAAGUGCGUGUGACAAGAUAUUAUAUUUUACACAAAAAGGGAGAAGGAAAAAAGCGACAACAGUCGAACCUUGUUACUCUUGGAUUCUCUUUUGUAUACUUCAAUUUUUAGAUAACCUCAAAGGAAAUAAUCAUAUGCUGUUAAAUCAGGUGACCGCCAAGGCUACUCACAGGACCCUCAUAUCCUAUGAUUUUGUUUCCAAACGUAUUGGAUAGAAAUGUACGAGGCUGAAAGGAUUCAUGAGCUGAAGCCCCAUCUUGCUGAAACCAUCCUUGAGAAAUCUCUUAACAAAACAAAUUCUGAUAAGAUAUUAUAUUUUACACAAAAAGGGAGAAGGAAAAAACCAACAACAGUCGAACCUUUUUACUCUUGGAUUCUCUUUUGUAUACUUCAAUUUUUAGAUAACCUCAAAGGAAAUAAUCAUAUGCUGUUAAAUCAGGUGACCGCCAAGGCUACUCACAGGACCCUCAUAUCCUAUGAUUUUGUUUCCAAACGUAUUGGAUAGAAAUGUACGAGGCUGAAAGGAUUCAUGAGCUGAAGCCCCAUCUUGCUGAAACCAUCCUUGAAAAAUCUCUUAACAAAACAAACUCCUCUAAAUAAUCAGAUAAUGGUACUAAUAUAAUGUCUCUAUUUUUAUCAGAAUUUCAAGUAUCAUUGUAGAUAAAAGGUUCAAUUACUUCGUCAUUCCAUGUUCUACACCAAACAUUUACAGAUUAACGUAUUUGUUGCCUGUUUUGUUAUACGUUACGGGGAUUUUCCAAAGACCAAAAAUGACUUGUGAGUAUUAACACUCCCUUAUCUCGUAAGCUGACACUCAUCAGUCCACAACAUUUCAUUCAUAAACAAUAGACCUUCAUAUUGUUCAUUUGCUUUAUUUACGUUGUUUUUUCACUUUAAUCAUAUUGUAUCACAAAGCUUAUAUGAUAAUUUUUCAUAAAAUAAGCAUCAUAUACCAAAGUUUUUCUUUUCCAUUUUAUAACAAUUAUUUAGUGCUCAUUAACUGUGUUGAAGGGUUUAAAAUGUGAUUUACCUUUAAUUUCAAUUCUUUAUUCGUGUCAACAGAGGAAGAAAGUAAUUUAAAUCAAAAGAAUCAUAAAAAGUUUCAUUUCCUUUUAAAAUUUUACUAAAAAAAAUCGAUUUGCAAUGCAGAUUUUUGUAAGAAUUAUAACCUGAACUAAGAUUUUUUAAAUGCAAUAAAAUUUUGCUGGAAACAUGCAACAUAGGAUAUUUUUCUUUAAAAACAAAACCAAAUGGUAUUUUUAACGAUAUUUUUUAUAGUUAUCAUUUUUUAUGCUGAUUUAUAUCAAUAUUUUUUUAAGAACUAAAAGUAGUGAAGCAUUUAAAAUAUUUCUUCUUUUCCCUCAUUUUUUUAUGGUCAACAACUUUUACAAACAUGAGUUGAACAAUCAUAUUAUUUCUAAUAAAAGCAGAGGAAUGUGGGGAAAAGUGAAAUGGUGAAAUAUUUACUGUAUUUAGCGCCACCUAGCUGGUGGUAGCACCCAAUGUAGUACCUUUUGUAGUUUAUUAUAGUCAGGAGACAGUUCUCUGGAGAUUAAAGCAUAUAACAUUGCAAGCAAAUUUCAAAAAAAUAUACUCAUUUAGUAAUAUUUUGCAGUAAGUCAAAAAAUAUUUUUGUUACAAUAAAAUGAUAAAGUUCUUGUUAUUACAAUUUUAAAUAUUAACUGAGACUAAUUUUCAUUGCAAUAUUUACUUGUUUAAUUUUAAA